AUGGGCCGUAUUCCCAUAAAGGUUCCCCUCACCCCUACGUUAAAGCACUCAAUAGGCGCAACGCUGCUACUAUUGGCUUUCAUUCUUUACAUCUAUGGCGUUAGCGCCCCAGUAGUGCGAAUUACGGUUGACUUCGUUGUAGUGUAUAUUUGCUCUCCGUGCCGUCUCUGUGGGCUUUCUGGACUUUGCCCAAACAGACUUCCUGGGAGAAAGGCGUCGCAUCUUCUGUGUUUUGUUGUGGCCGACUGCAGGAUGACGAUGGUGCUGCGGGUACUGGCCAAGUACCAGUUUGUGGACGUGUUUUCUACUAUCAUUUUGAAGGCUAUGCACUUAACGAAGACGUUCUCGAAUAUUUCUGCAUUCCUUGGGGACAUAGCAAUGCCUGACGUUCAAAGCAUUGGUCUGUUGACGUGCUACUUCAUAGCCAACAACAUUGACUUUUUGGGAGCGCGCCUGCCUGGUACUCCUCUUUCGCAACCUAGCGGAGCCGUAGAGAGCCUCUUGUGGAACAUGAGCGGCUUCUGGGCAAUGGUAGCGCUGGGACUAAGCGCGUCGCAAGUUCACAGACUUGCGAUUUCAUUUGAAGAUAUAUGUCAGGAUAUGCAUGCAUUGUUCCUGGCUUCCACGCCCGAGUUAACCGCUCCAAUGGAGAAUUCGAAUAUUCUCAACUGCAACUCGCGGAGCAGGAGGAGCAGGAGCCCGUCGUUGGGAUUAAUACUUCAUGGAUGCGUGCGGAUGGCUGCAUCAGUGGCUCUUCUCUUGCCCAUCUGGCUCAAGCCUACGGACAUACUUGAGGUUGACAUUGGGCUGGUAAAUAAGCAUCUGCAAGGGUUUACGGACUACGUAAACCCACUGUUGAAGGAGAUUCUGCCCAAGACAGUCGGUGACUGCGCUUCCGCUGCCCAUGUAGCUCCACAGCCAUGCUUUGGAUCGAUGCCUCUUGCCUUCAUUCGGACGAAGGUUUACGAAGCUACAGCCCGCUGGGCCACAGGUUUAAAUACGACCGAGCUGCUGGCUGUGCGCUUUGGUGCAAUUCCGGAGAACAGGAUUAUGUUGACAGUUACGGGGAAAAUCAAGUCCCUUGCUUUGUCUUUAAGGAUUGGUGGGUGUUUGUAUGGCGAGGAUCCUGGGAGGUGCCCAACCAUAUGGGAUGGGACGGACGGCUGUUGCGGAGAUGACAUCAAAUUCAGGCUCCAAAUGAGCGUCAUGUGCAACAGUUCGUUUCCGUAUCUUGCUGACGCAAUUCUUGCGCCUACGCAUAUCUCAAAGCUUGUCGUGAAGGAAAAUAUUUUGGGAAUUUUCCCCGUAGAAGUGGCGGAUAUAACGCAAAUCGUCGAAGACCAGCUGUCUGAAUGGGCACGAGCCUUUCUUGAUCCACAUAACAAAUGGAUCCACUGGAAGGAUGGAGAGACUUUAAGUGUUAUCAGUCUUUUGAACGUGCUACUAGAUAUAAAUGCGCCAGGUGGAGUCAGAUGCCCUCGCGUUUAA